AUGAGGAAAUCAGACUUUCGGAGGAUAAGUUUGCUGAAUCCCUGCACCUGGCACAAAUGGGGAUGCAUAACUUGCUUGAAAACGAUGAUAGUCUUUUCAGGUGGAACAAAUAUCUCAACUUGCUACUUUUGCUGAAGGAUUGCUGGAAUAUCAUCAACAGUGCACAGAAAUACUGAAAGUGUUGACAGAAACUCUGCUAGAAAAGAAAAGUGAAGCUGCAAUGAGACCAAAAGCCGAGUUUGUCCCGAAGACAUUGCAGGAUCUCCAUGUUGAGGGAAGGAGAUAAUAUUACAUUAAUCAGCAAGGUUGACGAGAAUUGGUAUGAAGGUAAUAUUGCUGGUCGUCAAGGCUACUUCCCAGUGACGUAUGUUCAAGUGGUUACCCCUUUGCCGUGAUUUGCCUUCCCCACCUACUCUGAACCUGCAGCUGCACCUUGCAAUUGGUAACUACGAUCCUCUCUUAGAUUUUGUUGCUCCUCUCUACUUGAAUACAACUGAUAUCUUUGUAUUACAUUGCCACAGCCCUCUGAAAAGAAGAAAUAUUUACUACAGAACUUCAUUCAAUGUCGCAAUCUGCUUCACUGUCAUACAGACAUUAAUGUAAGUUGAAAGGUCACUGCACUAUUCAAAAUAUUGAUCUUCUGCUCUAUUUUGUAGGACUUUCAUAUGUUACCGAUUUAGAUUGUUUGCAUGUACCAGACAAUAAUUUCAGGAUUUCUUUUUGUAAAUCCAGAAAUGAAUCGGAGUAUUACUUAAUUACUAUCCAUUAACAUGUUUCUUGUUUUGUGAUAUACAUGCUUAAUUUUGCAUGUUUGCAGUUCCUUCCUGAAAUAUAUACUUUAUUUUUAUCAGGCUGAAGUUAUGUAGUUCAAUAUCUUGGCAAAUUGCUAAUGAGGGUGAAAUAGUUAAUGAAAGUAAUACAAAUAAUACUCAUUUGUACAGUAUUUAAUUUUAUAAUACCAAUUUCAACGUUAAAUAUUCUCGGUAGGAUAUAUUUUAGAGCUGUUAAUGCAACUUACUUUUCUCUACUACAUUUAGUGAUUGUAUAUCAUUUGCUGAAUUUGUAUUAGCAUUGUCAGACAACUGAAUUCAGAUGGCUGUGGAAAUGUGUAGAGCAUAUUGUGCCCUUAGUUGUAAUAAUCAAGAAAAUUUCAUGAAAGAUAAUGGAAAAACUGAAAUUAAGAUAUUAUUCUUUUUCUCUGAAUAUUUCUUAAUGUACACAUUUCCUAAAAGGUUUAAGGUAUCGAAUUUCCAGAUAUGAGUUGUGAAGUUCUGGUGGUCUUCAGUCCCUUAUUUCAGUUUUCUUUAGCAGAUCCAUCUACCUUCUUAUUUAAUUCAUUAUCUAGAUGGUUAAAUUAUAUGGAACUAAAGGAAAAAUCACAUAAAUGAUAACAAAGCAACCAAGUUGUAUGGAAGUAUGUGAUAUUUGAAUUAGUUUCUUUAAUAACACUCGUGUAGAGUAGUCUUAUGAAAGUACUUUCCAAAGAGUUGACAGAUUAAAAUGAAUGCAUUCUCAGAAAGUAUGUUAUUUGUAGACUACAAAAAGGGUUUGGAAGACCACUGGUAUGUUGGGCAUGAUUUGAUGCUGAAUAAAAAACACAGUUUGUGUUUUCCCUGUUUCUUGUUCAAAAUGUGACUGAUUUUAAAACAAAUUAAUAUAUGGCAUCUGUUCAGCCUCGUCUUUUUAAGAUUGCAAUAAGCAGUUCAAAAAAUGCUUCAAAAAGUAAAAUGUUCUGUCAUAGAUCUGUUAGAAAAAUAUAUCCAAUAUAUAUAGAAAUUUCAAAUGUAAUGUAUAUACAUAGGGCGUAUAUAUUACAAGAUAACAUAAAUAAUGAACUGUUCCUCAUAUUAAAGUUGUAUCUAUUCUUAUGUAGUACUUAAUACAGUUAAACACAUCGCAGCCAUCAUGUGGUGAUAAAAAAAAAACAGAUGUCAGCAGGAAGAAAUAAAGAAACAAACCGUGGAGAGUAUCACAUGUAGAAAGUAUUGGAAACUUAACGUUAUAAUCUUGGUGCAAAAAUAUUAUUCCUAAAAUUCCAUUUUGUAUGACUCUAUAUUGAUCGGUAGAAUCAAACAAAACAUAGCAAAGAGUUUCAUGUAUGGGUUUGUAUCUAUUUACUUGAAAGAUUUGUGUGUCAUUUCACGUAAUGUCAUUUCAUUAUUGAUUGAAAGAAAUAUAUUUAUUCAACAGUAUUAUGUUAUCUUGCAUUAUGUUAUCUUGGUGGUAGUUAUUCAUUUUGAUAAUUGAAAUUAUAAUGGUACUGGAAAAGUCUAAACUUUAAUGAUUGUAUUUCGUAAUCCAUUCAUGAAUACUCUAGACUGCAUUUUUGAUACUGAAAACCGAGCUGCUUGCAAUGCUUGUAAGACACACAAGCACUGAGGCUGAUAGAAAUGGAUGCCUAACAACAAUUUUAAAAAACUGUAUUAGAGAAUGUCACUUAAUUACUGUUCCAUUUCCCUAAUAGCUUAACUAAAGUUGAAGUAUGCUAAAUUUAAAUCCAUCUUUGUUUUUAAAAAUAUGUCAGUUAUUUUUCAUAUUUCCUUUUAUGGGAAGAGUUUAUGAGAAUGCAAACUUGAAUGAAAACAUAAGGGUAUUAUGUUAUUUUCCUCCACUUUUAAAACAGGAUUUUAAAGCAAAAAAUAAUACAUACUACAGUAUAGUGUGGUGUAUUUAUUAAAAAUAAUUACUGUCAAAAUGUCAACCUCUGAAAAUAAAAUUUGUGUACACUACUGUGAUUAUUUGCACAAAUGAUCUCUUUUAAACUGGCAUAAAUCACAUUUCAGUAGUGGUGUAGCUUUCAUUAUCAUGAUUAUACUUUUCAAUGUUUAUGAUGGGUGAAUAGCAUUAUAUACUAAAAUGAAGACAUUUUUAUGAUAUAUGAUAUCAGAGUACAUUGAAAUUGUAAAUACAGAGUGCAGCUGUUAAAUAUCAGUAAAAGGUCGUUCAACUUCUAUCUACGGUUUUCAAAAUUUACAUAGAUUAACCAACUACUUGUCCUGCUUUGUUGCACGAGUUGUAUACUCUCCACAGUAUGCCUGGUCAUAUCUGCCUUGCCGUUUCUGCUGCUCUGUUGUUUCAGUAAAUGAAAAUCUUCCCUCUAAUUAAGAUCAAUAUUGUAAUGUGCCGAAAAAGAUCCAGCUAUUUGACUCUUUAAACGGGUCAUAUUUGUGUUCUAGCUCUAUGUGUGUUUUGACAAUAUCGGGGAGAUCAGACAAUAUAUUUACAACUCUUGAUAUUGUGAGUGGCCAUUAUUUUUCAGAUGAAAAUGAAGUGUAAUAUUUUUUAUUAAUGUUGUUUGUUCCACUUCAUGCUUGAUGUGUAUUCAGAUUAAUUCAGGACUUUUUAAUAAGUACUAGACGUUAGGAGUAAUGUCGCAGAUACUUUUUGGGGUGGAAAGAAAACACUAUUCAAAUAACAUUAUCUCGUUGAACUGUCCAGUUUAAACCCCAUAUUGUGUGGUUAUUCAUAGUUUAAAUCACUAUUGUAGAUAAUACAAUGUCUUUCUGUCCUGUGAAGAUUGUAAAGAAGUUGGCUUAAAGAAACAAAAUGUGAAAAAAUUAGUCUACUAAUUUCCUGAGUUUUCAUUGGGAAGGAAAUCUUGCCUUAAUGAAAUUGACAUCACAUCAUGAAGUGUUGUAAACAUUCUUUAUUUUAUAUAUAACAGUGUCCUUUAGUUAGUAAUGAUAAUGCAUAUCUCUAAAGUGAAUCUGUGUCAUUAUCUGUAAUAGAGUAUUGUAGUCCUUAUUUCUUCCUUCAUAAAUCUUAUUUUGUUUCAGAACAAUAUCUGUUUGUUAAGUUCAUUAAUUCAGAUUCACUUCAUUCAUCUUCUUCAAAGAGUAAUAAUGAUAUUUGUUUCUCACUAAUUUCAUUGGAGUUAUUUUUCUCAUCAUUAUGCAUUUAAUAGCUGAUAAACUUUAUACUUUUCUUUUGUGAAUUAUAGUGUGGCAACUGAAGACUAGUUUCAGUGACAUCGUUGUGAUGUUUAUAUUGUUGAAAAAGUUUGUUGAAACACUGUCGACUUAGCUUGUAGAAUGAAAAAUGUAACUUGUUGUUGUUGCUGCAUCUUACAGAAGUCAAUGAAUUUAAAAAUGAUUUGUUGAAUGAUAAAUGUACCAGUCUUCUUGCAUGAAUGAUCAUCAACAUAAAUCAUCUAAGACAAAAAUGCAAUUCAGAUUACCUAAGCAAUAAGUGUUUGAAAAUUUCAGAAACCUUGCUCUCUCUAACAAAAUUUGGUUACAUAAUUCUGUCCUAUAUUCUGUAUCGUUGUCACGGUUUCUAGAUGUUAUUAAUAAAAUAAUUGGGUUACUUAUCAUGUGAUUUUUCUACUUCAUAUAUAUGUAAUUGGCAAGUGCCAUGAAAUAGCUGUAAAAUUUCUUGUAAUUAACUUAUUUAUAUGACAAAGUUAAAUGUAAAUCUGUGGUGAGUGACCCAAUUACCAGAUAUUUUCUGAAAGUUGUACAGUACUUGAUGGAAACUUCAGUGUGUUGGAAGUGUAAAUGGUGAAUACAAUUUUUGAUGUGAAUACUAUCAAUACAUAUUCAUAUAUAAACGCUGUUCUGGCAGUUUGAUCUGCUGACCUAUAAUUUCUUGUUUCUUUAAUUUUUAAGAUAGUGGAAAUAAUAUAUGAAUGUUAUGUAAAACAAUAAGGGCACAUCAUUGAAAUUAUCAUAUUGCAGUUUCUGGAAUGAAUAUGCAAAAAAAAUGAAUACAAAUGGUAGCUGCAUUUCUGUAUAUAAUUUACUUUUAAUGUAUUCUUACUAUGCUUUUAUGUUGUAUUUAUCUGUGUUUAAUUUGUGAAUGUAUUGAAAUAUGUGUAUUUUCUAGUUUGACUGAUUAAAAUUUGAGUAUGUUUUUGUACAUUUGUUCUGCAUGGUAGUUUCAGGAUGUUUUCAAUUAUUUUAGUUAUGUUGCAGUGGAAGUAUAUGUUUGUCUUUCUUUUGCACUUGCUACAUUAUGUGAAACAGAAUGUGCCAAUAUCAUAUUGAUAUUUUGUGCAAGAGUUAAGUUUUUGUUGUAUUUGUAUAUAAUGUUAGUAGAUUUUAAAACUUUUUUUAAGAGAUUAGCUUGCCUUCCUAACAAGCUAUAUCAGUAUGUUGCUGAAACAAAAGUUGUACAAAAUUUUCGUUUAUUCAUAAUCAAUAGGGAAAGAAUGGUAUUUUUCCUUCAAUAAAAAUAAAAUUCAUGUAUUAGUUAAGAUUAUAAAUUGAAAAAUUUUAUAUUCCAAAUUCAGAGCUGUUUGUAAAUGUGAUAUGUAAUUAAUUUCAUGAUUAUUCUUUAAAGAAGUUGUUUUUUUGUUGUUUUUUUUUCCAUGUGGAUCAAAAAGGCAUUCUUCCAAAUACAUACGUAUGUUGAUUUCUCAACAUAUUGUCAUUAGCAUCUCCAUUUGUGCAAUAUUAUCGACAUUGAUCUAUCAAAUGUCAAUGUGAAUAAAGAUUUUAUUGAGCAAUGAUAAUAUGUGAUUUACCAGAAUGGGGUUACAAAUUGGAAAGGCGAUUUUUGUGAUAUUAAAAUUAAUUUCUUUCAUCUAAAUAUAAUAGAAGCAAUUAAUUUUUAUGUUGCUUCCUUCUGAACUUCUAUUCAGUUCAUUAAAAAUUCCUUUCCCUUAAUUCUAGUUACCCUUGCUAGUUAAAUUUUAAUCAUAAAUAUAUAUAUUAAAUGUAACGAGAUCUGCACUUCAGAUCGUAAUACAGUGCCAUUCCAAACAAGGAAGAAUGUUUGAUGUGAGAUUGAGCGUGUACAGUAUUAUGCUCAUGUAACAGUGUUGUUACAAGAUACUAUUGUUGGGGCAACCAAUUAAGCAUUACGUGUAUGUGAAACGUGGCAUAGAAUCCAUUGUGACUUCAGUCUGAAUGUGAAUUUUUUUAUGUGUAUAUUUUGUUUGUUUGUUUUUUGGACCCUGUUAUUAAACUGUUUCCUCCCUUUACCUGGUGUAAUUACAUAAGUUGUCAUUUUGUGGCACAUUGUGGCUGAAAUUACAACAUAUAAUGAAGAUAUAGCAUUUAUUUCUUGAAAGCAUCCUGUCCUUUAUUUCCAAAAGUUCUCAACAUUAUCCUUGAAGAAUGAAGAGUAUAUGAAUGGAGGUUUUCUUUUCAGUGCUUUGAUAUGAAGUUUUGUCUUUCAGGUUAUUCAUUAAUAUUUUUCUUAUGUUCAUUUCUUCUAUUUUGUGUUUUCCUUUUUGUUUGUUCUAUAUAUUUUAAGUUACAAUCCUACUUUUUCUUUAUUCAUCUU